AUGCAAAAGGAAGUGAUUAAUAUCUUGCGUACCAGCGCCCCUCUUGCAGGCUCUUCGGCAUCAGUAGGCGCAUCCGCACUGAAGGACAUUCUGCGACAGAGAGUUGUCCAGUAUUACCAGGCUCUCGACAAAGAUAUCGAUCUUUCCGAUGGACCACUUGAAGACUUGCAGCUAGAGACAGCCACAGAAGCGCUUUGCGUCAUAGAACGGCUUCAAGCCAUCUUACUUGCAUCAAACUCACCAGAAUUUGCAUCUAUACCGGCGAAGAGCGGUUCUAAACCCUCGGAGGGAACGCUUCACGAAGGUGUGGCAAUCGGGACACGAGAUUUGGCCCAGAUCCGUACGCUCAUCUCCAUAAUCUUCAAAUGGGCCCUGGAACCAUUACUUGGUCGUGUUAUCGCUGCCACACCGACGAAACCGUCCCCGAAGCAUCAUGGCGGCGCACAGAUUAUUGACCUUACUGACGUGCCGGCAGACUAUGAGACACUGUCAUCCGCAGUUACUCGACUUAUGCAUCUCUUACUGCCUGGUGGACUGCAGGGCCCGCUUGCGGAGACAAUAAUAUCGUUGACCCUGCUCAACAGGCACCUGACUGAUAUUUUGACUCCAUGUAUCGUUCUUGGCUGGAUGCCCAAGCGUCAGGCUACGGAUUCUGUUCGUCCGGUGGAUGAUCUCCGCCCACUAGUUAUGCACCUACUGUCCAUUCUCCCGGCAUCUCAGACCAUCGCCGCUCUCGGUGGUAUACUGUCACACCCACCAUCUGCUUUGUCCUACGUUCGUAAAUCAUGUGGCUUCUUGCUAAGCCGGCAGUUGCUUCGUCCGGAAGGAGUACCUGGUCUGCUUGCCGUUGUAUUUGGCGAGGAAGAUGUUUCGGGUGAUGAUGCGUCAUUAGAGAAGCUUGAGCACGUCGGGCGCUUACUGUGUACUGUACCCACCGGCACCAAGCCAAAUGAAUACUACGAGAACGUUAUUACUCGAUUAAUCACAGUAUUGUCUACGAACCCCGAAACGAUCCCGCCCGCCCACCGACGUGCCGCGGCUUUCUCACUUUCUCGCAUGCUAUUGUCUGGCGACCGUCCAACGCCUGGAGUAGCUUCAGACAUUCUGCUUACGAAAUUGCACCUUCCAUUCCUGGUUCCUUCGCCGCGCAUUCCAGCGCAGGGUGAAGACGAAGCUCCAACAGCAACUCUGAAGCAACGCGACCUAUCGCCAUCUAUUGUUCUGUCAAUUCUACAAACGCUGUUGACAAAUGCCGACCCCUCACCUACAUUUAUCUCAAGCUUACUUACCCCGAUCAUCCCGACUUUAUAUGCGAUCCUGUUUCGUCUUGACCAAACGAAAACAUCAGAUCCAGCGACGAAGGACUCCUUGAAGAGCCUGCUCAUGACCUGGGGAAGGGUUGUCUGCGCGUCAGAAGGCUUGCAUACUUUAUGGUCCAUUAUCAACGGUGAAGGCGGUGAAUGGCAAGUCGACAUGACAGGAACUCUGACGAGAGUGGAAGAAUUAACCCGAGCUCCUUCGCUAUAUCUUUUCACACCGGAGAGUCUCAGGCAGGCUGAAGAUUCCGGGGAAUUCAGCGUAGACUCGAAUCCGCUGGACCUCCGGCCAGACCCCGCGCAUUUCGUGAAAUUUCUCAAUUCUCUUGACCGAUCAGAGAUCUCGUCUGAGCUCUUCAUGCGAAUGCUUGAGGCGUACAGGGAAGUAAAAUCGGAAGCAGAUGCCGAUCCAUUACGGACUCUAAUGUAUCUGCAGCUCAUUCUGCAGAUGCAGUCACAAUUGACGGCCGAUGGCACGUCUUCCAACAUUCUCAAAAAGCCUGCUUACAUUCUUUCAUUUAUCAAACACGCGCUCGAGUCAGCCAACAAACUUACCAUUUCCAGCGGCAAGCGUAGUAAGCCCAGCUCAGCUGGUUUGCGGAUGGAAGACUUGCGCAUUGUCGAGGAGGAAGACGAGGAGCUCGAAGAUGAAGACAGUGAUGACGAAGCACAGCGAAGGUCCGGGGAUCAGGAAAUGCUUGUUACUGCUGUCGAUCUUCUUCUGUCUGUUCUGGAAGCCAACCCGGAUUUAUCGGCCAGAACGGCACCUAUUCUCAACGACAUAUUCUCUCUUCUAGAGCCCUUGUCGAAGGAUUCAUCAGAGACGCUGAGACCUCUUGUCCAGGAGGCUCGGAUGGUCAUGACGGCGCGCUUGGCGUCUACGUCGGCAUCGUUCCCGGAGAUGAAGACUUCGGCCACUCACGAGGAUAGCCCACAACAGAUUUAUCAAAAAGCGCUCAAACUUCUGCAGGAUCCCCUCCUCCCUGUGCGGGCGCACGGUUUGCUUCUGCUUCGUCAGCUUGUUUCCACCCGGAGAACAAAGUCAGGCUUGGAGGAGCCGUCGAUCGAUCGCGCGUUAGUGCCUGCAAUUCUCUCCAUAUUCCUACAGUCUAUUCAGGAUGACGACUCUUACAUGUACUUGAACGCGGUGCAAGGUCUGGCCGCGAUGGUCGAUGGAUUCGGCAAAGAAGUGCUGAAAGGUCUGGUUGACAUCUAUUCGCAGGGUUUGGACGGUCUGGGUGGAAGUGGUAUGACGCAGCAAGACGUUGAUGCGAGAACCCGCGUAGGAGAGGCGUUGGGUCAGGUCAUCCGCAGAUGUGGUGACGUCCUUCCCGCUUACGGGGAUCUGCUCGUUCCGCCCUUGUGUGCGGUCAUGAGCGCAUCGCACUUUCCGACAACCAUGCGGACUUCUGCACUUUCUCUCUUGGCCCAAUGCGCGAAAACUGACUCGUUGGUUUUGUUGCCCUACUCUGCGGACCUCUCGGCUGCCAUAAUUGAUCUUCUGCAAUUGGAGUCGGUACGUGCUCCGCCCAGAAAAGACCCCGCUUCCACGGAUGGGGCAUUGGCUGAAGAUAAGGAAACCUGUGCUCUCGGGACGAUGGAUUCCCAGCCAACAUCAACGAAUUCGAAAUUUCCGCCACUGAGACGUGCUGCGCUGCACUUCCUCUUGCUGCUCGUCCAGGCGUGUACGAUGCGGCUGUAUGAUUCACCGGGUACGGAACACGUCGGUUUUCCGGCGAGUUUGAUGAGACGGGGAAAGAGCACUUUGGGGUACAUUGCAGCGACGGACGAAGAUGGGGUGGUCCGUGUGAUGGCUCGGGAAACGCUGGAAGGGUUAGAGCAGCUUGAAGGAGCGAUGGUGGGCUUGUAA